AUGUCAUCGACACUUUCCACGGUAAACCAGGAAAUCGCAACAACUCCUCGAAUUAAACGAAGACUGCAAGUAACUGAAAACUAUACGAAUGUUGAAAAUACAAAUAUGGAUCGGAGACGUCAAAAAGCUCGUGAAAGUAUGGCCGCUAAACGAGCUGAAGCUACACCAGAAGAAGCUGAAAGACAGCGGGCGCUUGCAAGGGAAAGAAGUGCUACCAGAAGAGCUACCAUUACACCAGAACAAGCUGAACGAGAGCGCACCCUUGUACGAGAAAGAAGUGCAGCUAGAAGAGCUGCCUUAACACCAGAACAAACUGAGAGAGAGCGUAGUCUUGAUCGUCAAAGAAAAGCAGCUAGAAGAGCUGCCAUAACACCAGAAUAA